GUAUGCCGCAGUUAGAGCGGCUGUUUAUUCAAAAUGCAAUGGUUCCCUUGGAUAUCCCGCUGGACGGAACGCGCCCUCCACAGCGUCGCAUCGACCUUCCCAACUUGCAGUGGCUCAAGCUUGAGGAGCUGGACAACGAAAAAUUCACCCCAUACGCCUAUCUACUCGCCCACAUGAGCUAUCCCAGUGACACAUAUAUCUCUUUGAAGUCGAGCGAUUAUCGACAGUCUUGGCUCGCCGACUAUACCUUCGUAGUGUCCCAUGCCGCGCCAUGCCGCUCAACAGUGAUGACCGGACAGCAAGAAUUCUCUUCUGCCAAACUACUAAUCGAGCCUAAUGUGAGGCCCAACAAUCUGCGCUUGCGGUUUUCCGCGACGCGGAUGGCUGCCAGUAACAAGGACACGCCGGAAGAGGCGAUUGUCCUCGAUUUCACGGUCCCUGCCUCGGCCCUCCAAGUUGCCGAACUACCCGCCUCUUCGGACUCCUGGUUUGGUACUAUGCGAGAAGCAGACAUUCUCGACAGCGUCAUCACACUUCAGGUCUCCGCUAAGGAGCUCUCUGCACUCGUCUCAGCCUUGGAGGACUCUACGCAGAAUGGGGCCGCCGCUUCGCUCUUACCGAGGUGGCAGUUCCUUAGACUCACACGCUGUAAAAGCCGAGAGUUUGGGACUCGUGCGAGCGAGAAGCCUGCAAGGGAGAGGUUGCUUGCCGCGCUGGCCAUUCGGAGGAAGCAGGAUCUAGGUCCUUCUUCUGUCUUCCUUGGCGUGAAAAAGGAGGAGGCCAACUUCCUUGGAGCGUACACCCUUCUCCUCACCCCUUUCUAUGUCCCCAAUCUCGUCGAUAUGCUCGAAGAGAUUGCCAAAACGAAGACGCAGACUGCGCUUGCUUCGCUCCGCCGUCUCAAGAUCGAGCCCGUGGCACCGCGUACGACUAUCUAUGGGCACCUUCGCGACGAGCGGAUUCUGGUUCUCCAGUUACUCAUCGCGCUGUACGAGCUGAGAGAGUAUGGCUUCUAUCUCGAGAUGAUCAACCUUGGCACGGAGCGGGUCGCUGUCGACGGCGCCAUUAAUUUUGGCAUUAGCCUGCCGUCCGAGGAUUGAAUAUUGAACGGUCGCUUGUGGUAGAGGGUGAUGUACAUAUCCCG